UCAAAUUAAAAUAAUCUGUUAGGAGUUCUGCUACAUAACAAAUAAUGGCUUCUAGUUGAAUGGACUUCUUGUAGUCAAAAGCUACUUCUAAAUUUUGAAUUGCACUGUUUCAUUCUUUAAUGCACAUGUGAAUUGUUUUAUGACCUUGCCUCUCCUCUUUGCGACUGACAGCUAGUCAGAAAUCCCAGCUUUCAUCUGGAUUCAGUAUGAUGGUCUGUUGAAUGGACAGAGGAGGUGAUCCUUAUAUUAUUUUAUGUACUUGGUGUGUGAUAGGUUUACAGUAUAUAGUGUGUCUUAUGAAACAGAUGAACUUGUAUGUGUGACUGACUUUAACAUAUUUCCUCAUAGCAUUAGAGAGGGAGUUUCUAUUAGUUUGCUGAGUAAUAUCUGUGUAUCUAACUGCAUAUGAUUAUUUAAUAAUGUACCUUUUUUUUAGGGCAGCAGUUAGUUUCACCAACGUUGAGGUACUCCCUUAGGUGUGAGUAUUCAUCACAGCUAGUUGGGCAGCUGGCCGUCCUCCUUCUCCUUUCCUUUCAGGGCUCCAAUCAAUAAUUUACCUGGCCUGAACAUAUCGAUGGCACCUACUCCUUUUUCUCUUCCCCUUGCUCACUUGCUCGCUCUUUCCAUGAAAACUGCUGAUGACAAGGGGCUAAAAGAGCUCAUUAACGAAUGACAGAAAAAGGGAGAGAGAGCGAGGAAGACACUAUCAUUCUGUCAGACAGGUGUUAUCAGUCUUUGGAACAUAGCAGAAACAGUGGGACUGCAGUGAGGGUGACUUUCACUGCUAUAAGACGCUGAUACACACAGGACGAGAAACGCCUGAGGAAACUUCUUCACAAGUUUGAAUGGGAAUACAGACUCUUUACAGAAGUUUGUUUUGUCUCUGACAUUCAUUUUUUAAGACUUUUUCUUUGUUUGAAGUUAAUAUUUCCCUUACAAUUGGUCACUAUGUCAGGAGCCAGCAGUGACCAGCUGCACAGAUCAACCUUAACUGUCUAUUCGAACCUGAUGGAGCACUUCAAUCCAGGCCUCCAGAACCUUGUUGCUCUAGGAAACAGCUAUGUCAAAGCUUUCCAAGCCUUAGCUGUUUGCAGUGAGGCCUACUUCAGUGCUGUGGCUAAGAUGGGUGACCAGGCUCUUCACACGCUCUCAUCUCGCUCGCUUGGGGAUGUCCUGAUCCAGAUAUCAGACACGCAGAGGAGACUCACUGCAGAGAUGGAGGGAGUGUUUCGAUGGUUCCAGAUAGAGGUGCUGCAAGCCAUGGAGAAGAAUGUAAAGUUGGAUGAGGAGUACAUUGAUGGUAGUCGCAGAGUGUAUGAGCUGGAGGUGAGGAAUCAGGCAGAAGCUUUGGAGAAACAGCUCAGACGAGGAGCCUACAGAGACUCCCUGGAGAACAGUGAGUACAUGCUGUACCUGAGGCAGAGUCAGCAGGAGAUCCUCAAGGAGGAGGAGAGGAGGUAUCGCUUCUUGGCAGAGAAACACUGUGGCCUCACUCAGUCACUACUCUUCUUAAUAAACAAGACUGGUGCAUCUCUCCAGCAAAAGGCAGAUGGAUGGAAGGAGAAAGUGAACGAGACCAGAGGGUCCAGACCUCGAACUCCCACCCAUUUGGACCAAGAGGCACAGCUGCGAGGUUCAGUGAGCUCCCUGCUGCAGACAGUAGCCAGAGAUGAAGACAUGUCGUGGGCCAGGAGGGAGCAACAGGCACUGGGCAGAGUGCCCUCUAGAGCACCAUCUCCCCUCCCCAGCCGCUCUCGCUCCAGCUCAGUGGGGGAAUCUCUGGGUCUGGGAGGAGGGAGAGCCAUGAGAGCUCUCGUGUCUCACCCCUCCUCGUCCAAUCCAAAGCUUCUACCUUUCAGCAGGGGAGAGACUGUCACUGUACUGGUCCAGGAACCACGGAAUGGCUGGCUGUACGGACGCACUGACAGCAGCCUGCGUCAGGGCUGGUUCCCUGCUGCUUAUGUGGCUCCUAUUGAAGAUUUCUCCAACACUUUAGCGACAAGUGGUGGUUCUCUAAGAAGCCACAGUAUGAACAAUCUGCUGGAUCCCACUGACACCUCCUCUGACCAAUCAGAGAGCAAGAGCUAUGGAGAUAUCCCACCCCCAGCCACGCCCAACCGUAGAGCUUCUGUAGACUUCCGGCCGAUCUCUCCCCUCCCUGAGAAGAAGGCAGAACAGGUGACAGAGACAAAGCUUGGUCAAAUGAAGAGCUAUAAUGAACACCCACCUCCACCUCCUCCACCACCACCUCCUCUGCCGAGUCAGAAUCUUAGAAGGGGCUCUGCAGAUUUCCGACCAAUCUCUCCCCUCCCUGACAGGAAGGGUGAAUCAUCAUCUGAUGUCCAGACAUUAUCACCCCAUGGGCCACCUGAAAACCCUCUCUUUCCCAGAGGCACAAACCCAUUCGCCACUGUAAAGCUUCGCCCCACGACGACCAAUGACAGAUCUGCUCCUCAGAUCCACUGAUCCAUCAGCACUCGGGCAGGCAGGGUUUGUAACCGAGGCUACCAGAUCAGGUUGUGGAAGCAGGUCAUACAUUUUUGUUUCUGGAGAAUGUAAUGAUAUCUCUGAUAUGUGAAGACUUUGAGGCAGAAGGGCAGAGGAAUGGUUGGUGAGAUUUUUUGUACAGUGUUAGAUAAGAUGAGGUAUUUCUUUUACCAAAAGCAAAAGUAAUACUUUAGUAUCACUAAAUAAUUAAAUAUCAAAACUAU